UUCAAUAUGGGAGAAUUAAUUCCUGCCUUAUAAUUUAUAGAGCGGAAUCUCUAAAAAUAGAUUAUAAUAAUAUACGGGUAGUCUUAACUUGUGGUACAUAGCAAAGAAAAUGGACGGCAAAAUAUUGUUUCUCUUUAUAUUGUCUAUUACUUUAAAAGGCAUAUCGGCCGGGCAGUACUGCACGGAAUAUGAUAGUGAUGACUGGUUUGACAGUGACCCUUACAACAGAAUCUGGUGUGAGAAUGGUUGUUGUGGCGACAGCUGGGACCAGCACUGUUGUAUCAGUGGUGAAGCUGGCAUGAUAAUUGGCAUCGUGAUAGGGUCGAUAGCUCUUGUAGCAAUAAUUGUUUCAGUGUUGGUAGCAGUAUUCUGUUGCUGCCGGAAGUCUAGAGGGCGUGCUGGACAGGUGUGUCAGCCUGCUGGAGCACAGACAACCACAGUUCAAAUGCAAGGUAUGCCAGCGACGAAUAUGGCUUAUGGACAAGUGGGAUAUAAUGGUGCAGUCAACUAUCCAGUUGUUACUACUUCAAACAUGGCUCCUGCUACAGUACAACAAUGGCAGCCGCCACCCUAUGAUCAGGUCUAUCCGAACAAAGAACAGUCAAACACCUACUGAUUUACCGUGAUAGGCGAGAAGUUAAUGAAACAUUGUUUAAGACAGAGUUUCGUUUAUUUAGACAUUCAUUCUUUUUUAAAUUGAAAGACUUUCGUUCUUUCAGAAGAUAUACGUUUGUUAUUGUUACAGUGGUGCUUAGACAUAGCUUUAGAUAAUAAUCCCGCCGGGAUAAAUAAAGAAAGACGUAUUGUUUUAAACACAGCUUUGCCUCUUGGUUCGUAUCUUUCCCUUAUCUUAAAGAUAUUGAAAGAUACGUCACCAUUCCUUUAGCAUCUUGUCCUAGUUUUGCUGUCCUUUCACUAAACUUGUUUUGUUAAGCUUUGUGUUACAAAUCAUUGUUUUAUUUCGCAGUUAUUACUUGAGAAACCAUGGAUGAUGAAAACUUGAGUGUAGUAUGUGUUUUCCUUACUAUAUAAUGUAUCUAAAAUAUAUAUUGACAUAUUCACGAAUAAACAUACAUAAUUAUAAACGUUUCCAUUUUACAAAGUUCUUGUUUACGUUUAUUUCUUACUAUAUUUAAUUGUUGUUAAUUUUUCGUUUAUAAUUAUCAAUGAAAUGUAUUAUGCAAGACAGUGUGAUAGAACAACAUUUAAAGAAGUACAAUCAUUUUAAAACCUUUUAUUAGUUAUGUUGUAAGGAUAAAAAUCGUAUUUUGCAAUAUUCGAAAUGACGAAAUAUUUUUUAAAUUAAUAAUGUUACUACAUGUACUAAGAAAACUUUAUUUACACUGUGGAAAGAGCUAUAGAUCUAAACUUAUAAGUAUUAUAUAUUAAUUCAUUCCUUGUAAUUUUUUGUUGAAAAUAAAUUGCUGUAUCGUUACAUUAA